AUGGUUCAGCUGUCCCGUGGGGCAUUGGCACUGGCGGCCAGCAUCCUACCGCAGUUUGUAAAUGGAGCUGGUCUCAACACUGCUGCUGUCGCCAAAGGACAACUCUACUUUGGAACCGCCACAGAUAACCCCGAGUUGACGGACACUUCGUACGUGACGCAACUCAGCAAUACCGAUGACUUUGGACAACUUACACCUGGAAACUCACAGAAGUGGGAUACGAUCGAGCCGUCCCAAAACACGUUUUCCUACACCAAGGGAGAUGCCAUCGCUAACCUCGCCGAGGCCAAUGGCCAGAAACUUCGCUGCCACAACUUGGUGUGGCACAGUCAAUUGCCAAGCUGGGUCAGCAGCGGCACUUGGACGAACGCGACUUUGCUCGCAGCAAUGAAGAACCAUAUCACCAACGUGGUGACCCACUACAAAGGAAGAUGCUACGCGUGGGAUGUGGUCAAUGAGGCUCUGAAUGAGGACGGCUCCUAUCGCGAGAGCAUCUGGUACACCACAAUCGGCCCGGCUUACAUUCCCAUUGCCUUUGCGACAGCCGCCGCCGCCGAUCCCGACGUGAAGCUCUAUUACAACGACUACAACAUCGAGUACUCCGGAUCCAAAGCCACGGGUGCGCAGAAUAUUGUCAAGCUGAUUCAGUCGUAUGGGGCCAAGAUCGACGGUGUCGGUCUGCAGGCUCAUUUCAUCGUUGGCAGCACACCGAGUCAGAGUGCGCAGGCUAGCACGAUGGCCGGAUACACCAACCUGGGCGUGGAGGUGGCCAUUACGGAGCUGGAUAUCCGCAUGACACUCCCCUCGACCGAUGCCCUGCUCGCUCAGCAGAAGACAGACUAUUCCAACACUGUCGCAGCAUGUUUGGCGACCAAGGGCUGCGUCGGAGUCACCAUCUGGGAUUGGACGGACAAGUACUCCUGGGUUCCGAAUACAUUCUCCGGACAGGGUGCUGCUUGUCCCUGGGACGAGAAUUAUGCGAAGAAGCCGGCCUACACGGGAAUUUUGACUGCUUUGGGCGGUACGGCAAUAGCCACGACGACGACGACGACUCGCUCCAGCACGUCCUCGACCUCGACUACGACCAGCGGCAGUACUGCGACGGGUGUCGCCCAGCAUUGGGCUCAGUGUGGUGGAAGCGGAUGGACGGGGGCAACCACCUGUGUGAGUGGGUAUACCUGCACGUAUUUCAACGACUAUUACUCGCAGUGUCUGUGA